GCUAUAAAAGCGUAUUUUAGGAGUGGACUUAAACUUAGUUAAAAACUAAAUUAGACAAUACAAUGCGUGCCUUUUUGCUGCUUGUCCUCUUUGGAUUUGUGCUUUUGGCCACAGCUUCCGCAAAUCCCCUCGAUAUCGAAGAGUUGGAGGACCCCGAGGAGGAGAAAAGGAUUGCGGAAAUGAAGAGCAACGUUGCAGAAGAGAAGGAUAACAUUUUGGGGGAUGAGGAGGAUGAUGCAACGGAUGAUGAGGAAGACGACGAGGAUACACAGGAUGGACUAGAUGACUCCGAUUCCCAGAAUGAUUCUCAGGACGAUGAUGAUGAAGAAAUUGACCAGAGCCCCCCAAAAAACGAGGAUGAACAGUAGAUCUAAUUGGGGGUUGACGGAUUCUAUUCAUUUAUUGUUUUAAUUACCACGUUUUUACCGCUUGUUAGACAUUUAGACAACUGUUCACGCAAAGAAAACAUCACCG